AGACGGCGGACCUGUCCGAGCAGGCGGAUCUGUCAGACCAGGCGGACUCGACGGGUAGCUCGCAGCGCACGGAGAUGGAGAAAUUGGCCUCCGGAGAGGCGCGCCCUCGACGUGGACAAGUCCGAAGUGCACCACGGCUGUGAGAAGGCGCUCUCGUGAGGCCCCCAGGAGUGCGAGAGGGUCGAGGGCAGGCUGGCGGACUGCAGCCGCCAGCUCCGCACAGGCGGAGGCGUCGAGGUGGCCAUCGAGACGACGGCCCCAGAGCGGAAGGCGGUCACGUGGGACAACAGCGGGCCAAGGUGCGAGCUCUUGCUGAAGCCAGUGGUGAAGAAGCUGGGGGAGCAGAUGAAGGAGGACAUCAUGUAUGCCCCAGACGGCAAGGUGAAGGUGUUGGUUUCGGCCAUGAGCGACGGAGACGUGCACAAGAUCGGCGAGCUGUCGAAGAAGGGCAUCAUGCGCGGCCCCGAUUGCAGGGCCACCGAUGAAGAGGAGGAGAUGGUGUCGGCCACGAGCUACGGAGGAGUGCUGGUCCUGGAGGCGGAGAUGGCUUCGGGGGACGUGGUCGUGAAGACCGCCGAGGCCACGCAGGUCCUGGAUAGCACUCGGCUCGACACGGAGGGGACCCAGAACGGCACCGGGAUGCGCGAGG